AUGACAGUAGCAAUACAUUCAGUUUACUCGUGUAGAUUAAAAAAGGUAUUGAUUAUUGAUUGCAUUAGUACUAAGAUUACUACUACUACCACUACUACUACUACUACUACUACUACUACUACUACUACUACUACUACUACUACUACUACUACUACUACUACUACUACUACUACUACUACUACUACUACUACUACUACUACUACUACUACUACUACUACUACUACUACUACUACUACUACUACUACUACUACUACUACUACUACUACUACUACUACUACUACUACUACUACUACUACUACUACUACUACUACUACUACUACUAAUACUCACACUACUACUACUACUACCACUGCUAAUAUUCUCCGUUCGAUUUCUUAUGAAUCUCUGAAAAAUGAUCAUUCCGGAUUAAGUUUCUAUGAGUUUGUAAGUUCUUAUGAUAUAGUAUGGUAUGAGAUAAUCUUCUCAAAUGAUUGUUAA